UGAAGAAUUGCCCCGGUCAGAAUAAAAAGGAAAUCCAUCUCCACGUUAAAGUUUCGGCUGUACUGUACUGCAUGCAAUAUAAACUUACUAAAUUUAAAUCAGACACAGCCCAAUCAUACUCUGCUUUAUUUAGAAAAAACGUACCCUACUGAAAUAAAUGAGGUUAAAACUAAAGACGUACUAAAUAGUAUUUUUCACCUCUCUUUAUCGGAAAGGAGGCUUUAACAACAAAAGCUUUAAUUACGCCUGCCAUUCCCUAACUACUCCCACAUCUUCUACCCUUCAUUGUCUGCCGUUUACCACCCGGGUCACAAUUUUCAAAACGUUAACGCUAAUACCCUUUCUCGGGCAGCAGCUUCAAGUCCUCCACUGCGCUUGCGCACUUCCUAGCAAGCAGCAAACGUUGACCGAUAACCCACAUCGCUUUCUCCCUGAAACCUCAGUCAGCGCUUCCCCGUUACACGUGACCGCUAGAGAUCCUCCCCCUACAAUGUUGCUUUGUGACGUGCCCAGGCUGCUGGAGACCUGACGCGUUAAACGUGAAGGGCUGCAGAGCAGAGCUCCGUUAGUUUCCAGGCGAGCCGGCUCUUGGCUCAGCGAGAAGUCAGCGUGAGUCAUACGCGGGGAGGCUUCGCUGCUGCAGAUCUUCAUGCUGCACGAGCCAGUUGCCGCAUCAUCCUAGCGACGUCGGCAGGGGGCGGGGGAUUACUCGGAACGGCCCUCUCCUGCCUUCCCUUUCUUAGCGAAUGACUGAAUGGAGAGCCUCUGUUUAGCUCCACUAGAAGAGAGGGAGGAGUGGGGCUCUGCCAGCCCACUUCUUUGGCUUAGCCUAUCUUAGUCCUGGUCCGAAGGGAGGGGAGCGGUUCCAGAGCACGUCUCUUAGCUAAGUGCUACUGCAGUUGCAAAGAUGGCUGUGCUAAGUUCGUUUCCGGCUGAACUGGAGCGACUGCUGGAGAAAGAUCCCUACUUGACUCCUUUUGAGCAAGACUUCCAGCGCAGGUAUGGUAUUUUUCACCGCAUCCUAAAGAACAUUGAAGAAAAUGAAGGUGGUCUUGACAAAUUCACAAAGAGUUACCAAACAUUUGGAGUCAACAGAUUCAUAGAUGGAGGAUUAUACUGUAAAGAAUGGGCUCCUGGUGCAGAAGCAGUGUUUCUUACUGGUGAUUUUAAUAACUGGAAUCCAUUUUCCCAUCCAUAUAAGAAAAUGGAUUUUGGGAAAUGGGAAUUGUUCAUCCCACCUGGACCAGAUGGGUUUCGUCCUGUAUCUCAUGGAUCAAAGCUGAAGUUGGUGAUAAGAACCAAAACUGGAGAGGUCCUUUAUCGCAUUUCUCCUUGGGCUAGAUAUGUAGUUCGUGAAAGUAACAAGGUGAAUUAUGACUGGAUAUACUUGGAGCCAUCAACCCCGUAUACUUGGAAACAUCCCAUUCCUAAGAAACCAAAAAGCUUAAGAAUCUAUGAAUCUCAUGUGGGAAUUGCUUCCCCUGAAGGGAAAAUAGCUUCAUAUAAAAACUUUACACACAAUGUGCUUCCAAAAAUCAAAGAUCUUGGAUAUAACUGUAUUCAAUUGAUGGCCGUGAUGGAACAUGCUUACUAUGCAAGUUUUGGUUAUCAGAUCACAAGCUUUUUUGCAGCAUCAAGUCGAUAUGGCCUUCCAGAUGACUUGAAGGAACUGAUUGAUGUUGCCCACUCAAUGGGAAUCACAGUCCUAUUAGAUGUUGUGCACAGUCAUGCAUCAAAGAAUUCUGAAGAUGGUCUGAACAAUUUUGAUGGUACUGAUUCUGCAUUUUUCCAUUCUGGUGCUAGAGGAACACAUAUACUUUGGGAUAGCCGACUUUUUGACUAUGCAAAGUAGGUAUAACUAAUGUGACAAGU